AUGGCUGGAAGCCGGGCAGCCAAAUCGACGGCAGAUGCCGAAGCCAGAUCGGCGCUUCAGCGCCACAAGGAAAUUAAAAAAUACCUAGCAUCGGAGAAGGAAAGAUCAAGGAAAACCAUCAAAACAGUUUUGCUCGGCAUCAAAAAGUCUGGAAAGUCGACCGUGAUGAAACAAAUGCACAGUAUCUACUCUAAUGGCUUCUCCGAAGAGGAGCGCCAUAAAGCACGCCCUGUUAUAUUGAAAAACCUCCUCUGUAUUUUCAGUUCUUUGCUAGGUAACAUGGAUACGGAGAGAAUGUCAUUCAGUACAGAGACAGCCAAGUCGUCCGCGGACCUGAUUGUCAAAACGGAUGCGGAUCUUGUCUUCAGCGGAGCUCCGGAAGAUGCAGCUAUUUGCGAUGCCAUGAAGAACGUGUGGCUUGAUCCUGUAAUGUGUACGGUUGUUUCAGAGAACCGCCAUAUGUUUUACUAUGACAAUUGGCUUUAUUUUUACAACUCUACCGAUCGUAUUACUACUCCCAAAUGGCUCCCCAAUGAUCAAGAUACCCUCCAGGCUCGACUUUGGUCACGGGGGAUUACUGAAAUUUCCUUCAACAUAGGUCCGAUUACUUGGGAAAUGACCAAAAUAGGUAAGUACGAAGCGGGGCUACGGAGAAAGGGACUACUCCUUUUCGAAGAUGUUCAUUGCGUGCUUUAUGUCGUGCCACUUUCCGAUUAUGAUCAACUUUUGAUCGAGGACGAUAGUAUGACCAUGAUGCACGAGAUAAUACUGGGCUUCGAGUCAUCGAUCUAUUACAACCGAUGGUUCAAGGACAAGCCUCUCGUUAUUCUCUUGAACAAAGUCGAUAUAUUCAAGGAGAAACUUGCUGGUUCACCGCUCUCUGAUUAUUUUCCCGAUUUUCAGGGUUCGACUACGGACUUCUCGGCUGCUGCAGGCUAUUUUGCUAAUCGUUUCCGAACAUCGGCAACCGCCAGAGCCUCGAGGGAUCGUCAGGUUUAUACAUAUUUCACAAAUGCCACCGACACAGCAUCAAUGAAGGCUACGAUGGAAGCUAUCAGUAGUUCCAUACUCGUUUGA